AUGGCUGACAUCAUCGAACUGCAGAAAGAACUGGAAGCUAUGGCCAUCCCUCUGGGCCAGGACGAGGAGAUAAUUUUAAAAUCUGUUGGUAUUAACAUACAUUAUCUGCUGCACCUUGGAUUUUGCAGUACAUUAAAGCCGCGCUGGCUGCGCGGCUUCGUGCUGCCCACGGCCGCCUGCCAGGACAGCGAGGACUCCUUCCACUACGAGGUCCUCUUCCGAGACCUGGACCGCAACGGGGACGGAGUGGUGGACAUCAAAGAGCUCCAGGAGGGGCUGAAAAACUGGAGCUCCAUGUUCGGCCUGUUUUCGGAGAAGGACAUUUUAAAAGCUGGAGAUACCAAUAAUGAUUCAAAAUUGGACUUUGAAGAAUUUAUGAAAUACCUUAAAGACCAUGAGAAAAAAAUGAGGCUGGCAUUUAAUAGUCUGGACACAAAUAAUGAUGGAGUGAUAGAAACUUCAGAAAUAAUUGCUGCUUUGAAAUCACUGGGUAUGACUAUUUCUGAAGCUCAGGCAAAAAAUAUUCUACAAAGCAUUGAUAGUGAUGGAACAAUGACAGUAGACUGGGAUGAAUGGAAAGUCUACUUUUUAUUUAAUCCUGCAGCAAGUAUUGAUGAAAUUGCCGGUUUCUGGAAGCGUUAUACUGUUCCUACGUUAAAGUCAGGAAGAAUGGGUUUAAUUGGUGGAUUUGAGCACAUGGUAAAAGAAGGAGGAAUUCGUUCUUUUUGGCGAGGAAAUGGUGUGAAUGUUUUUAAAAUUGCACCUGAGGCAGCCAUCAGGAUGUGGGCUUAUGAACAGUAUAAGAAAUGGCUUAGUUUCGAUGAUGUUAAAAUAGGAAUUAUUGAGAGAUUUAUAUCUGGUUCAUUGGCUGGUGUAACUGCCCAGAGCUGUAUUUACCCCAUGGAGGUAAUAAGGACCAGAUUGGCUCUAGGUAAAACUGGACAGUAUUCAGGGAUUAUUGAUUGUAGCAAGAAGCUUCUGAAACAAGAAGGUGUUAGGACUUUUUUCAAAGGUUAUAUUCCUAACGUGCUGAGCAUUAUACCUUACGCAGGCAUAGAUCUUGCUGUUUAUGAGCUUUUGAAGAAUUAUUGGCUAGAACAUUUUUCAGGGAACUCUGUAGACCCUGGGGUAAUAAUUGUGAUGGGAUGUAGUACAUUGGCCCACACUAGUGGCCAGCUAGCUAGCUUCCCCCUGGGCCUUAUCAGAACACGCCUGCAGGCUCAAGCACUGGAGCAAAAAGAAACAACCAUGAUUCAUCUCAUUCAAGAUAUAUAUAACAAAGAAGGAAAAAAGGGAUUUUUCAGGGGUUUCACUCCAAACAUCAUAAAAGUGCUCCCUGCAGUGGUCAUCAGCUCUAUUACUUAUGAAAAAAUGAAACGAUAUUUUGGAUUAAUUUAG